CCGCCGCCGCCGCCGCCGCUGCCGCCACCGCCACCUGCGCGGUCGUCAUCAAGAUGUCAUGGCAUUCCCAGUACCGGAGCUCCAAGUUUCGCCACGUCUUUGGCAAACCAGCCAGCAAGGAGAACUGCUACGACUCGGUGCCCAUCACCCACAGCGUCCAAGACAACCACUUCUGCGCCGUGAACCCCUGUUUCAUUGCAGUCGUGACUGAGUGCUCCUGUGGGGGGGCCUUCUUCGUCAUUCCCUUGAACCAGACGGGAAAGUUGGACCCCCACUACCCAAGGGUCUGCGGGCACGGAGGGAAUGUCUUAGACAUCAAGUGGAAUCCUUUUAAUGAUUUUGAGAUCGCCUCCUGUUCUGAAGAUACCACAAUUAAGAUCUGGGACAUCCCCAAGCAGCUGCUGACAAAGAACCUCACAGCCUGCAAGAAGGAGCUAAUGGGCCACACCCGCAGGGUGGGCCUGGUCGAGUGGCAUCCCACGGCUGCCAACAUCCUCUUCAGCUCUGGCUACGACUUCAAGGUGAUGGUCUGGAACCUGGACACAAAGGAGUCUGUAAUCAUGAGCCCCGUGAGGACGAUUACUUGCCACCAAGGCGUGAUCCUCUCCAUGUCCUUCAACACCAAUGGCAGCCUGCUGGCCACCACCUGUAAAGACCGCAAGCUUCGGAUCCUCGACCCCCGGGCCGGGACUGUCCUCCAGGAAACCAGCUGCACAGGGCACCGGGCCAACAAGGUGCUGUUUCUGGGGAACCUGAAUAAGCUGCUGUCCACGGGCACAUCCCAGUGGAACAAUCGGCAGCUGGCGGUGUGGGACCAGGACAACCUGUCCCAGCCUCUCUUCGAGAUGGACCUGGAUGGCUCCUCGGGCGUGCUGUUUCCCUUCUAUGAUGCGGACACCAACAUGCUCUAUGUGGUGGGGAAGGGAGAUGGAAACAUCCGCUACUAUGAGGUGAGCGCCGACAAGCCUCACCUGAGCUACCUGACAGAGUACCGCUCCCACAGCCCGCAGAAGGGGAUGGGUGUCAUGCCAAAGAGAGGCCUCGACGUCACCUCCUGCGAGAUCUUCCGCUUCUACAAGCUGAUUACAAGCAAAGGCCUCAUUGAGCCUAUAUCCAUGAUUGUACCCCGGCGGUCGGAGUCUUACCAAGAGGACAUCUACCCGCCUACGGCAGGAGCCCGGCCCUCUCUGACAGCCCAGGAGUGGCUCUGUGGGAUGAAUAAAGGCCCAGUCAUGGUGUCCCUGAGGCCCUGCUCCGAGCUCCUGAACCCACAGCCACUGCUCCCAGAGACACCCCCGUCCGUCUCCAUGGCCCCCUCCAAACAAACAGACAAGGUGGUUGUAGACAAUGGCCGGAGAGCCUUCUCCCGUCUGGAGGAGAAGGUGCCCAGGCAGGGAGCAGCAGAACACAGGCUGGAAGAGAAGACCCCUCGGCUCACCAAUGGCUUCGACAUGGAGUGUCCCCCACCAAAGACAGAGAACGAGCUGCUGCAGAUGUUCUAUCGACAACAGGAGGAGAUCCGAAGGCUCCGAGAGCUGUUGACGCAGCGUGAGGUGCAGGCCAAGCAGUUGGAGCUGGAGGUCCAGAACUCGCGCAUGGGCUCACAGAGGUUCUGAGCAGAGCGUGCUGCCCUCCCCACCCUCAGGGACACCACUCGGCUCCACGGGGAGGUCCAGAACCAAACCAGAAGUCCCCCAAGAACAACCACUAUUUCUAUAUUUUUUACCAGAAAACGAAAACUCUCGGUUGCUGGAAGAUUCUAGUGGGAGGGGUGUGGUGCCGUUUUCUACUUGCCUUCUCAAAACAGGUGUCUGAAUUGACUCUUUUUAGACAACAACUUGCCUUCGGUUUUGUUCUGUGUUUAAGGGUCCACGGCGAGCUGUCACUUCUCCAGGAAAAGAACACUAUAAAGUUAGAGCUGGAAGGACCCAAGAGGGGAAGCUGCCUGUGAUUUUCAAACUGUCCACAGGGUGGGAGGAAGCCUAUGCAGGAGGGCUGUGCUCCCUACCCCCACCCCAUUCCAACCAGACAGCUCCCCUUCUUUCUGAUUUAUAUAUUGGCUUCCAUGGAAUACAUAGUUCUGUUUCUGAAAAAACAUUGAGAAGUUUGAAAAGCAGUGAUCUGGCCCAAUUCCUCAUUUUACAGGUGGGGAAACUGAGGCCCAGAGAGAGACGAGUGACCAGGGUCCACAGAGGGUUCGUGGAAGGGCUGGGUCAAGCUUCUGGUCUUCUGGGUCUGUCUUUCUGCUGCUCCCGGUCUGAUGCAUCUCUCAAGCCCGCAGGGCAGGAAUCUGUUUAUUCUGGGUUCAGCAGUGACCUCUUACAGGUCCUUCCCUCUCUGGUCUCAGUUUCUCCAUCUGAACCUGGGGACCCUGGGGUGUGCUGCCCUCUACAGGAUCUGCCUCCUGAGACUAGAAGCCAUGGCCUUGACCUGAGGAAAACUACCCAUAGCAAUGAUCUGGGUCGGCUGCAGGAACUCACAAGACAUUGGUGAACCAGCAGAGGAAGUUUAACUGUGGGGAAAUAAGUCAAGCUUUGGCCCAGUGCUAGAACACAGAGAGGAAGCCCACACCAUCCUCUCUUCAAUCGCCAUCAGCCAAGUGUGGACAGACACUUAUCUCUUUUGUGGGGGAGCAGACAUCAGGGUGGUUCCUGUGACCACUGACGGCCACAGAGCCGUCCGCUCCAGGAUAGAGGCAGGUAGAUUUUGGUCUACGAGGCAGGGAGCCCCAGCGCUGUGGGAUGCCUGCAGAACCCCAUGGCCACCCCCUUCUGGAGAGGGAUGACUGCACUAGGGAAGGGAGUAGGGCCAGAUGACCCUGAAGUUCCCUUCUAGCCUGAGAGUAAUAUGUCCCUCCCUUGUGAAACUGCGUCCUGCGCCCAUUCGCUAAGGUUCUUUGUCAGUGGCCAAUACGCAGCCGAGCUAGAGAUGGAAAAUGUCAGAAAUUAAAUGAGCCCUGAUGGGAUUUUGUCCGCUGCACAGGGCAAUCCUGGAGCUAAGGUGGGGACGGGAGGCGGCCCCACCGCCUGGUAGGUUUCAGCCCAGGCUGUACGUGAGAGUCCUCUUAGGAGGGUUCGAGAAAUACAGAUGCCUCGUCCCAAUCCCAGGCCAGUUGAAGCUGAAUCUUUGUGUAUAUUGUUCUGAGUUUCCAGGUCAUUCUGCAGUACAGACUGGAGAGCCACUGAGCUGGCCCAUCUGUACCUAUCUGCAGUAGAGAUAAGGAUAGAGAAUGUCAGACCGGCUCUGGGACCUAACCCCCUCCUCUGAAUCCGGGCUGGAAGUGUCCCGUGUCUCUGUGGGACCCCUGGCUACAACUUGAUGAGGGCUCUGUGACCCCGAGCGCCCCCUCCCCUAGCCAUGGCUUGGUCCCCUUGUCUGCCUACACACACCAGACCCCGCAUCCUGUCUUGUUGACUUGUCCCUGGGGCUCACCAGAGGCCAUGUCCCAGGUGUUGUGAGGGAACAGAGCUCCCCUGGGUGGGGCUGCCUCUCCCACCUCAUAGGCAGUCAGCUCUCUGCAGUUAACAAAGCCCUUCCACCUCCACUCCCUGGCAUGUCCAGCUCUAAUUCUAACAUGGGCCAGGCGGGCAUCGCCCCCCUGGUCAGAAUGAUGACACUAUCCCCAUGUCAUUCCCAGAGAAUGAAGAAGGAUCACGCCCACAGGCACUGGCCUCAAACAGCCGGAGUUGGGGCUGAGUCUGGGGCGCCUCCCAAAUGUUCCUCUGAGCAGAACCUUCUCAGGCUCUUAAGGGACCCAGACCUCAUGCUUAAAAACAAUGUGAAGGCAUCUGUGAACAAACUUGUUUUUUGGGUUUGCUUUUUUUUAAACUAGAGUAAAUUAUUUAAAUUAUUUCACAGCAAGGGAGAGGGAUAGGUAAUUUUUAUCAAAUAUUUUUUUAAGCCAUUUUUUAAAAUUGCAUUUUUGUUUAUGUUCUUGACUGAUGAAGCAGAGGUUGCCCAGCAUCUGCAGGGCCAGGCCUGCACACUCAGGGCAAAGCAGAAUGUGCACUCAUCUCUUUACUCCGUCCUCUGGGAGGCCCCUGACCGUUGACUCAGGAGCUUUCUGAGAAUGAAGACAGCACCGGGAGAUGAGCGCUGGGGCGUAUCCACCUUAGCUCUACAAUAAAUGUUCUUCCUGGAACUAAAUUUAAGAUUGUAUCAUAGAGGGAAGAAGGAAAUCAAAAAUAGAUCUAUGCUUUUAAUAUGAAACUGUGCCUGAAAUAGUCUGAUUGUUUUAAUGUUGUUUCUGAAAUUCCUUUUACCUUUGUAAAAAAAAAAAAAAAUUAAGAAAUAAAAAUGAAAAUAAAUAGAUGUGAAAUCGUGCAAUGGAAAGAAUGUACCAAAAUAAUAAACAACAUCUGCCUAGACAUUUUAA